GCUCAGUUAAGUACAGUGCAAGAAUUGGAUGCAAUGCAGUAAACAGAGAAGCUACAUACUAUUGGAUCUCAAUCUGACAGCCCAGGCGAGGCAAACGCGACCUCGACCUCCUGAAAGCCUCCCCUGAAAGGCAAACUCCCGUUCAUACUAUUUUCCAGCAGCCGUCCCCUUGCUUGCUCUCGAUCGAGUUUUAGUCGUCGACUUUGUCUUAUCCCUCAAGUUACUUACUGCCUUUCCUUCAUCUUGAACAGCAUUUCCUUCGUCUUUAUUCCCCCUUCGUUACCAACCUUCAUCCAUCUCAUCGAGCUACCUCUUUUCGUCCCGUUUUCCUCACCCUCAAGUCGGUCAUUUCCCUCCCAGACGUAUCUCUUGCACAUUUUCAUGAUCGCUGCCCCUGCUGCUGUCUCGCCUGACUAUUACUGAGAUUUGUCACUUGGUGCAGCAACUGUCCGCUUGAGGUCCUAUCCUGUCUCAAUCGUGGUCAUCUGCCUAUCGUCCACUGCACCGACCCCAGCCAACAGCUACAGCUUACCUCCGCGUGUUCACUCCAGCUUUUCCCCAGCUACGACUCCAUUCUAGGCAGUUUGGUCUUGUCUCGUCUAGUUCAUUCUGUUUCUGAAAAUCGUUCAUCAAUUCAGCCAAAAGGCCCAUGACAGUAUUUUCCUUGUCGAUUAUUACCGCGCAUUCCGCCUGUACCGCCUCGCAACUUCAUGCACACGCAGUUUGUCCAAGGUCACUCCGAAGUACCUGAUCCCAAAAUCUACGCUGCCGAGUGACGCAGUUUGAGCUACCACCAACCAGGGGUCCCAACAAGUCCAGAGGAACAAGGCCUGAUAUAGCGUAUCUCAACUGACUAGGAACCCACCUCACACGCCCAAUUGAACCUGCGCCCCAGUCAGGUAUCACUAUCUUUUGCUGUGUUUACCAGUCAACUUUUUUUUAUUUUACCGAUUGAAUCCUACCAUAGACGCCGAUAGACCCUGAUUCCGUACCGUCCACACCCCGGUCACCCGACCCCAUCUUUCCCAUUCCCCUCCGUCUAUCGCUGGACCGUUCAAGGUGCCGAUGACCUCGUUGUCUCUCGGCCUUUCCCCUUCUCUUUCCGUACCUUUUACCUUCAAUCUCUCUGCAGACGGGCGCUGCUGCUUAACAGCCCCAUCUUCCCAAAAUUCCUCCCUCAAAGUCUUCACGUCUUCCUUCAAACAUUCCUCUCCGGACCCUUCGUCCUGAUAAUCAACAACACCAAGACCCGGAUUCACAAGCGACGUCAUUGCUCGCGUCCCGCAACGACCACGAUCGUGCCUACGACGACGAUAGCGACGAUAACGGCCAACACCGCCCCGACGUUGCCAAGUCUCAUCGUCGCUCGUCUUAUUCUGGCUCUGAAUCGUCGUGGACAGACACCGGCGAUAUUGGCGAGCAGCUGGCCGACGAGCACGACCCUGUGCGUCUACAGCUCUCUUCAGACGUCGAGGACGAACUUCUGGCCAACGUUCAUCGCCGACAUCCCAAGCACGGCAACCAGAAGAGGGUUCGCAUCCAGGACUCACAUCACCACCGCCAUUCUCAGUCGCGAUCUGCCCUGAUCAACAAGGAGGCUAUUGAGGUUCCCAACUUCAACCCCCCAGGUCCCUCUCGCGCUGAACGUGUACUCGGCGCCAUCAUGGCUGGACGUACAGGUUCAAUCCAUGGCCUGACAGGCAAGGCCCUGAUCUACUUCACCAGUAUCUUCGUAUCACUCGGUGUUUUCCUUUUUGGAUAUGAUCAAGGUGUCAUGUCAGGUAUAAUCACUGGACCAUACUUCAUGGAUUAUUUUGAUCAUCCUUCCAAGGCAUACGUUGGUACUAUGGUUGCUAUCUUAGAGAUUGGCGCAUUCAUCACUUCCCUGAUGGUCGGUCGCAUUGGCGACAUCAUCGGUCGAAGACGCACCAUCUUCUACGGGUCUUGCAUCUUCUUCGUCGGAGGUGCUCUCCAGACUCUGGCUACUUCCAUGCCCAUGAUGAUGGCCGGACGUUUCGUUGCCGGUUUCGGAGUUGGCAUGCUCUCGACCAUUGUGCCUGUUUAUCAAUCUGAAAUCUCGCCCCCUCACAACCGAGGAAAACUGGCAUGUAUCGAGUUCACAGGAAACAUCGUCGGUUACUCGACAUCUGUCUGGGUUGAUUAUGGCUGCGGCUUUAUUGAGAGUGACUAUUCUUGGCGCAUUCCUCUUGGACUGCAAUGCUUCAUGGGGGCUCUGCUUGGACUCGGCAGUCUGGUCAUUGUUGAAUCACCUCGGUGGCUUUUGGACAACGAUCAUGACGAAGAAGGGAUGGUGGUCAUUGCUAAUUUGUACGGAGGUGGCGACAUCCAUGAUCCCAAGGCUCGAGAUGAGUAUCGCGAGAUCAAGAUGAACGUCCUUCUUCAACGCCAAGAAGGCGAGCGAACAUAUAAGGACAUGUUUCGUCGAUACAAAACCCGAGUUUUUAUUGCAAUGUCCGCCCAAGCGCUCGCCCAGCUCAAUGGCAUCAACGUCAUCUCCUACUACGCACCGUACGUCUUUGAGUCUGCUGGUUGGGUUGGUCAUGACGCUGUCCUCAUGACUGGUUUCAACAGUCUCACAUAUCUUAUGUCAACAAUUCCACCAUGGUACUUGGUGGAUCGUUGGGGCCGACGCAAGAUCCUUCUUUCUGGUGCCACAGCUAUGGCCAUUUCACUAUCGCUCAUCUCUUACUUCCUCUUCCUCGACAUUAAGUGGACUCCUCGACUGGUUGUUCUGUUCGUCAUGAUCUACAAUGCCGCUUUUGGUUACUCAUGGGGACCUAUCCCUUGGCUUUAUCCUCCCGAGAUUCUCCCUCUCAGCAUUCGAUCAAAGGGUGCCAGUCUGUCUACAGCAACCAACUGGGCGGCCAACUGGCUUGUGGGUGAAAUGACGCCUAUUCUCCAGGAAUGGAUUAAGUGGCGCAUGUAUCUGGUUCAUGCAUUCUUUUGUGUGGCCAGUGUGAUUAUUGUAUACUUUAUCUACCCGGAGACCUGUGGUGUGCGCCUGGAAGAUAUGGACUCGCUGUUCGGAGACGCCAGUACCGUUGCUGGCACUCCUUCGUUACACGGCACCGAAACUGGUUCUUUGAUGAGGGCCGGAUCUCCUGUAGGGUCCUCUCGAGGGCUCAUUGGACCCUCAUCUGCCAUUCCUGGACUCUCCCUCGACCCCCCUGUGAUCGAUGAUGACAGCAAGUCUCAGAUACAGACCGGCGGUGAUGAACGAAGUAUUGGUGGUUGGCUAUCAAGAGUGGUCGGACGAAACAGGUCCGAUAGUGGCAGCAGCGCGCAAGGUCGGUAUGCUCCUCUUGAUCAACAAGAAGAGGGCCGUUUAAACCGACGCGAUGACUAUUGAUGAAGUCUUUUGGAGUUUGUCUAUAAGAAUACCUGCAUAUAGAUGGCGCACAAGGCGCAGGAUGCGUUACCACCAGGAUAAGAUAGCGCAACUAUCGCCUUGAAGGAUACUGGAGACACUUGAUGGGAAAGAAUCAAUUAAAGGUGCCAGAGUCUAAAGGAGACUUACGGAACGAAGGUGAUGUGUGUGUUUUUUUUUUUGGAUGAGGAUCGCUGCAUUUCUUUAAAGAUCUAUGGAUCGAUAUCUUUAGACCGAGCUUUCAUGGAGUUAGACGGCUGACAAUGGCCUGUAUAUCAUAUAUAAUGAGAAGAGCGGCUUGAUACAGAUAAAGAAGUAACCAUGCUAAAGAACGUAUUAUUGCUACUAUGGGGUAAGAUUCCGCCCUCUCGCAGUUUAC